CAGGAAAUGAAUCUGACAGGGCAGGCAGGGGGAGGAAUCAGUGUAGGGAAUCUAGAAGAAAGUGAGUUUAAAGACUUUGCUUUUCCUCACUUGCCUGGGUUUAAGCCACAGCUACUCUACUCAGGGUACGGAAGAAGCUGGGUUAGAUAUUUGCAGGUCCAUGCAGGAGGACUGCAGCGUGCAAAUCUAGCAGCUGGAGCGUGUUGUGGUAGCUGCUUUCCUGUGCUAAGCUGAUUUACUUGUUUAAGGUCUGACCUCAUCAUCCUGUCUGUAUGGGUUCCCACCUACACAGUUAGCUGCAGCUUUUUGCUUCAGUUAGAAGGCUAGAAGUAUUCACAGUGUACCACAGGCAGGGGAGGGGGGAGAGAAAGUAAGAAAGGCUGCUCUCAGCACUUGUGCUUUUGUUAGUUCUACAGAAGAGGCAGAGAAACAGAUAACAAAGGCUCCGUUUCCUUUCUGUGAGAGAAGGCUUUUGCCUUUCCCCCUGCAACAAUGUCAGUGUCUGGCAAGAAAGAGUUUGAUGUGAAACAGAUCCUAAGGCUACGCUGGAGGUGGUUUAGUCAUCCUUCUCAAGGUUCACCCAACACUGGAAGCUGCCUUCAGCAGGAAGGAUAUGAGCAUAGAGGGACCCCGGUUCAGGGCAGGUUGAAGAGCCACUCUCGGGACAGAAGCGGACUGAAGAAAAGCAACAGUCCUGGCCACCACAACAUACUGGCACCAGUGCCAGGACCAGCCCCUGCCCAUCAAAGAGCUCUUCAGAACUGGCAGCAGCAAAACCUGGUAGAACACCUUCGAGCAAAUGAAGAUACUCCUAAAACAGUUACAGAGGAAAAUUUAUUCAAAGAAGCUUGUGAGAAACGCUCACAGGAUUUGGAGAUGAUCACUGACAACAAUAUAGAAGAUUCUACAGCGAGAUUAGAUACAUGCCAUCCUGAAGAAAUGAAUGUUGGCAGAUCUGAGGAGUAUUUUCAUGCUGUAAACCAUGCAGAGAAAACUCUCCAUAAAAUGGGGAAUUACUUGAAAGAGAAACAACUGUGCGAUGUGCUACUUAUUGCUGGAGACCUUCGAAUACCAGCCCACCGGUUGGUUCUCAGUGCAGUGUCUGAUUAUUUUGCUGCAAUGUUUACUAACGAUGUGCUUGAAGCCAAACAAGAAGAGGUCAAGAUGGAGGGAGUGGAUCCAAAUGCACUUAAUUCGUUGGUGCAGUAUGCUUACACAGGUGUCCUGCAAUUGAAAGAAGAAACUAUUGAAAGUUUGCUGGCUGCAGCUUGUCUACUGCAGCUGACUCAAGUCAUUGAAGUCUGUAGCAAUUUUCUCAUAAAGCAGCUCCAUCCUUCAAACUGCUUAGGGAUUCGAUCCUUUGGAGAUGCCCAGGGCUGCAUGGAGCUCCUGAAGGUGGCACAUAAAUACACAAUGGAACACUUCAUCGAGGUAAUAAAGAACCAAGAAUUCCUUCUGCUUCCAGCUAAUGAAAUUUCAAAGCUUCUGUGCAGUGAUGACAUUAAUGUACCCAAUGAAGAAACCAUUUUCGAUGCUCUAAUGCAGUGGGUGGGACAUGAUGUGCAGGCUAGGCAAAAAGACCUGGCGAUGCUGCUUUCUUACAUCAGGCUGCCAUUACUUUCACCACAGUUACUGGCCGAUCUUGAAAACAGCUCCAUGUUUGCUGGUGAUCUUGAAUGUCAAAAGCUUCUGAUGGAAGCUAUGAAGUAUCAUCUCUUACCUGAAAGAAGACCUAUGAUGCAAAGCCCUCGGACCAAACCUAGAAAAUCAACUGUGGGGGCGCUCUAUGCUGUGGGAGGAAUGGAUGCUAUGAAAGGUACCACUACAAUUGAAAAAUAUGACCUCAGGACCAACAGCUGGCUACAUAUUGGCACCAUGAAUGGCCGUAGACUUCAGUUUGGUGUUGCAGUUAUUGAUAAUAAGCUCUAUGUUGUGGGAGGAAGAGAUGGUUUAAAAACGUUGAAUUCUGUAGAAUGUUUUAAUCCAGUUGGCAAAGUCUGGUCAGUAAUGCCACCCAUGUCAACACAUAGACACGGCUUAGGAGUAGCCACACUUGAAGGACCAAUGUAUGCUGUUGGUGGUCACGAUGGAUGGAGUUAUCUAAAUACUGUAGAAAGAUGGGAUCCUGAGGGACGUCAGUGGAAUUAUGUGGCCAGUAUGUCAACUCCUAGGAGCACAGUUGGUGUAGCUGCAUUAAAUAACAAGUUAUAUGCUAUUGGUGGACGUGAUGGAAGCUCCUGCCUCAAAUCAAUGGAGUGCUUUGAUCCUCACACUAAUAAAUGGAGUCUGUGUGCCCCAAUGUCCAAAAGGCGUGGAGGCGUGGGGGUUGCAGCGUACAAUGGAUUUUUAUAUGUUGUAGGGGGUCAUGAUGUCCCUGCUUCUAAUCAUUGCUCCAGGCUUUCUGACUGUGUGGAACGGUAUGAUCCAAAAGCUGAUUCAUGGUCCACAGUGGCGCCUCUGAGCAUUCCUCGAGAUGCUAUUGCUGUCUGCUCCCUUGGAGACAGACUGUAUGCAGUUGGAGGAUAUAAUGGACGUACUUAUUUGAACAAUGUUGAGUCAUAUGAUGCACAGAAAAAUGAGUGGAAAGAGGAAGUUCCUGUUAACAUUGGAAGAGCUGGUGCAUGUGUUGUUGCGAUGAAACUGCCAUAAAUCUAUUUUUUACCAAGUAACACUGGAUAAUUUCAAGAAAUGGAGUAGGAGAAAGGAGGGAGAAGAAACAUGUUAUUUUUUGCAGUUCAUAAUCAAACACAAAAAUCUUUUUGUUGUUUUAAUAUGUAGUUGUAAUUUCUCUCGUUUGUGAAGCCAAAACAAGUUUCCAAACACGAAUUACAUGUAAGUGUCAAAUGUAUGUGUUGUCAUAGCUGAUAAUAUAUAGAGCAAUCCAGUAGUCUAGGUUUAGCCUUAUUACCUUAAAAUGUCAAAAUGUUUGGUGAAAAUUGAUAUUCGCAAAGUGUGAAGGGUUAUAAAGCAUUAGCAGUUUUCAAGUUAAGAAUCUGAGAAGUUAAAAACGUGUUUUUAUUUCCAAUAAAAAGUACUUUGUUCUCUGAAUAUAACUUAUAAUAACUUACUGUAAAAGAAAACAUCUAAAGCCUAAUUUAUAGUCUAAUUUUCAAUAAGGCAUCAUUCUCUUAAUUCAAACAACAUCCUAGAUAGCUAAAUAGUACCUCACAUUUUCCAAAAGGAAAGUUUUUACUGCAUCAAAGCUGAAAAGCUGCUUCACUGGCAUUAUUUGUUAUGCUGAUCACAAAAAGAAAGAAAAUCCAUUGCCGUCAAGUUGAUUCCGACUCACAGGUGACCCUAGAGGACAGAUUAGAAUUGCCCCAUAGUUUCCAAGGAGCACCUGGUGGAUUCAAACUGCCAGCCUUUUGGUUAGCAGCCAUAGCUCUUAACCACUAUGGCACCAGGGUUUCCAUGCUGACUACAGUAUGUCAAAUUUUCACAGACUUCCUCUUUCACAGUAACCAUCUUCCAAAACAUAUGUAUAAAUUUGGUAUUCCUUAACAUGUUGUCUUGUUAGGUUUUUCACCAGUAAAAUAUUAUUGCAAUAUAAUAUGCACAGCUAUACCAUAAAAUAUUGAAUGCCAUUGAUACAAACUGUGAGCUCAGCCUUAGAGUGUCAGGGCCUCAAAUGUAUAGUAAUAUUCUUCUCAAAUAUGUGUGAACUCUGUAAUUACCUACCAUUAGUUAAGUUUACAAAUGCAAAACAAUUUUUUGAAUGUAUCCAAAUUGAAGAAUAUGUUACACGAUGUAAACACAUGGAAACACCAAAAUGUUCAUUAUACAUGGUCAAUUCUGUAGUUAUUUUUUAUGUACCAAUACGUGCUUUUCUGUCUAUGUUAUAUUUAUCCAAUACAACAUGUUAAGGACAUAGGCAUUACAAAAAUUUUUAAGUUAAAAAAAUAACGAAACACAUAGUUCGGUUGUAUUUUAGCUUUAAAGUCUUACUUCCAUUUCUUCCACUUCACAACAAAAUGUUGAAAAAAAAAAAACUCUUUAUGAAAGUAACUUUUCAAGUAAAUGUACAUUUUUCAAAUUUCUGCAAUAUGUUCUUUUAAACUUUGUAAGGUAGAAUGACAUCAACCUGUAAAAUUCAGAGAGAUGCUUAUAAAAUGCAUUGUGUUUUACAUUUAAAACUGCAGAAUAAGUUGUACAAAGAUAUUUGUAAUUUGACAAAUUGAACUCAAAUAAAAUAUAUUUCCUCUGGUUAUAAAAAAUGUGAUUUUAGAAUAUGUCAAGUGAAACCGGAAUUGACUUCUUUGUAUUAUGUUGCCCUAAUAGCAAAAAUAUUUAAAUAUGAAAGAAAAAUGUUCCCUGCUUUGCUUCUUACCCCUGCCAUUGUCCCUACUUCUAAAUAGAGGGCUAUAGAGUUCUCCAGUUCUAAAGGUGAAAAUGGAGACAUAGAGAAGGCUGUAAAACAACAUACACAGCUGUUUGGAUCUUUUAAAUUCAUACAUUAUCCAAAUAAAUGUAGAAGUAGAAUUACCUAAACCUUUUUCCCCAGACCACAGCUUGGCCUGUCAAGUUCAAAAAAGGUAUGAGCCAGUGGCCAAGGCAAAGAUCAAAAGACUGUCACAGCCCAGCUUGUGAAUGCUCCCAUCACAGCUAGAAGGCACCAACGGGGAAACUGUUGAGUCAUGCGUUGUCCACCUGU